CGGUACAGACAGUCACAAUGAUAAACUAAAACUAGGGAAAUACCGGAGAGAAAUAGGAUAGAGCUAGAGAACAUUGAACCAGCUACGAUACGUGUAUUGUGAGCAAACUGCGUGUAGAUCGUAGAGCGCGAAGCCAUUUUCGGUACUGAGCGACUGAAGAAUGGCCGAGGAAUCUGCGCAAGCCGCCGCGGGGAAUCCUUUCUCUGACGCGGAUUUCCAAGAGCUGCUCCGCCAGGAGCGCAGCAAUUCGGCUGAAGACGGCUGGACGCUGGCUGACGACUCGCCAGGGUGUGUUGUGUGGAAGAAGGUCUCCUCUGAGCAUAGCGUGCACUUAGUCAAGGGUUUUCUGGACUUCAAGGGCAUUCCAGCAGACCGCUUAUUGACGCUGGUGUACGACCUCCAGGUCAGGGCGCGCUUCGACGAGCUGUUCACAAGGUACGAGUGUGUGGAGGAUCGUGGAGAUCAUCGCGUCACCUAUGCGGUUCUAAAAUUUCCACCAGGCACGUGGAACCGUGAUCUUGUCCAGUUCAACACGAAGCGUUCCGAGCCUGAGGAGCACAUCGUCCUCUACAAGAAUGCAGUGCAUGCCUCGCGACCUGUGGAUCCCAAAAUGGUCAGGGCCGAGACGAUCUUCUCGGGAACUAUCAUUCGGCCGAUGGCCGACGACCCGAAUUCGUCGACCCUGACUUUGUUCUUGCAAACGGACGUGAAGGGCUGGAUUCCAUCGGCCAUCAUCAACAUGAUCGCAACCAGAGGUCCCAACAGGUGGCAGCAUUCCUUGGCCAACUUCUACCACGGAACGUACAAGAAGGAAUUGGAGAGUGAGAUAUGAUCUUGGCUGCAACAGCCGGACUGGUAGUUGUAAUAUUACAACACCUACCGCAGACAAUGUAGUUCUCAAGUAUUACAACACUUUAUACCCGUGACAAGCUCUCCACCUGCCUCUCCUUCUCCCUCUCCAUUGUGUGUGUUCCUUGUCGCCCGCAUCUGUUCGCUCACGUAUCCAGGUUGUAAUUGUACGCUGUCGCUUACGCAUUACAAAUGCAUAGCAUGCGCGCAUGAUUGCGAAUUUACUAACACUAGGAAUUUCGGCACGGCCUUUCGCACCGUCCCUCUUCAAAGUCGGUACCUAAUUGGCGAUGCAGGCAGCAGCAGCAGCACACAAGUCUGCGUGUCCAGCUUGUAGGAGCGCAGCCGGUGGGACCGUCCGACUAGCAAUCGACCGAUCAUGGAAACAUCCCUGUAGGUGUACGAUGGUGACUUGCUAUUCGUCCCGUUUCCAGUCGUCAGAUCCGCAUUGUCCUCGCAGCAUUACCGACCUCUCCAGUUGUAUUCCAGCCGUUUCGCUAUGCAGCUACGAACGGGCACACGCUGAAUGCAGUCCCCCCCCCCCCCCCCCCCCUCCCUCACUAGGCAUUCACCGCAUGCAGGUGGCUGUGAACAGUGACAGCCGUGCGUCAACUGCAUGCCAUGCAUGCCUGCGGGUGGAAUGCGUAGACAGGCCAUCAUGAUCCUGUGUUCGAGAUGCAGCGGCUGCUUCCUCCUCCUCGUAGGUUUCGCCACUACAGAUUCAUUCUUUUUGGUCUAUACCACGCGUCCAUACACCAGCCCCCGCCGCACACACACACGCCCGACACACACACAUACACACACAUACACACACACACACACACACACACACACACACACAUACACACACACACACACGCGCGCACAUGCACACGCACGCACACACACACGCACACAUAAUUGCGUGCAGCGCUACAGGCUUCCGGACAUUACAGAACAUUUUGAUGCUAUCAGAAUCGUUACAUUCACAUUCAUUUGAGUUUUACGUAUUAGGGAAGAGAAGCGUACUUGCGUUUAUGCCGGUAAGAAUGCUCUUGACUUUUGCGAA